AUGGAUGUCGACCGGUCUCGGAAUCGCAGAGAACGGACUUUUGCUGGUAGCGAAUGCGCCGUUUGCGAAGAACCCCUAGAACACACCCUCCGAGGCGAGCGUAUUCUGCAAUUUUCUUGCGCCCACGUUGCCCAUGAGGUAUGCUUUUAUGAAUUCAUCAGAGAUGUCGAACCCCAGUAUUGUCCUAUAUGCUCCGCACCUCUAGGCUUGGAUGCCAGCAGAGGCGGCAAUGUCCUCGACCUAGAAAAAAUAAAUAAUCUUGUACGGUCCGUUUCUUUAGCCGACUCACAGACGAAUCGCAGUGGUCACGCACCCGCACCAUCAUGGGACAAUGCAAGCAACCGAGCGGGUUCUCUAAACCAAGACUAUUCAACCCGAUCCUUUAGCACCAACCACGUUAGGGAACAUUCCCGCCGUGAUAGUAGGGAUACCAAUAGCCACCGUGAACGACUCGAUAGAUUGACAUUGGGCUCGCGAAAUGAACUUCUCCGUCACGACAGCGGGACAGUCGGAGGCCAGACGGCUUCGGAUUACCAGCACGACGCCCAUCAGUCCUCUGUUUCAAGGAGACAUGACUACGACGUGCAGGCUAUGGAGGCUGAUCUCAGUCCCCGCCCGGGAAUCAGCAAGAAUCUCAUUCCCGCACCUAUAGUCACUGUUCGAAGCGAGUUCCCAUCCCUAAACCGUUCCCGCCAACAGCAACCUCUCACAUGUCUGGUCACUGUCGAAGUUCCUGGAGGUAAAUGGGCGCCAGACCCGGAACAGGUACGCCACACUCCUGGUGCUGCUCUACCUGUGGAAGAUACUCAAUCUUUGGCUGUAAAGGCCCAAGGCCUUUCCAGCCCUGACCCCCAGGCGCAAGCUCGUUCUAUCCACGAAUCUGAGGAAAUGCUCAGUGCAAUUGCAGAGGACUUACGUUUGCGUGUUGAUAAUUGGCAUGGACUGGAGUUCUCAAGAUUCGGCAAGUUGAACCUCCAUGGUACAAUUCGCGUAGGAAAAGACAGAACUUCAUGGCAAGAGUUGGAGUGCUAUCUCUUCUCUGAGAUGCUCAUAUGCGUGAAAGAGAAGAAGACUAGACAAGGCCAGAACUCGAACCUGUUUGAGGAGCCAGUUGCACAACGCACAAACCCGAGAUUUACCCUGAAAGGGUCGAUUCUCAUCAAGAAGCAUCUCAAGGACCUGGAGACCAUCACUGACGAGCUUGUUUUGACCCUUAAUCUUUCUGUGAACGAGCUGCCUAGCUUUCACUUGAGGUUUUCGACACUACACCAGCUGGAUACAUGGAAACGAGCACUUGGAGACUUACAGAACGGGGGUGUGGUGGCUCACCCUGACCACGAAGUGGAGGUACCUACAGCAGAAGAGGAUGACUAUAGGAACUCGAAGACACCAAGCAAGCGGGAGUCGUCCGGCUACUCGUCUUCAUACGGUGCAGGAAAGUCUAGCAAUACUGUCAUGACGGAUUACACCAGCCCGAGUCGUGAGUCCGUACCUCCAUCUACAUUCCAUGUGCCCCUGGACAUUGUUGUUGUUAUCCCUGUCUCUUCGUCUAUGCAAGGGCUUAAGAUCUCCUUGCUUCGUGAUACCCUACACUUCCUCGUCCAGAACCUUGGUCCACGCGACCGCAUGGGCUUGGUUACAUUUGGGUCAUCAGGUGGAGGUGUUCCCGUCGUUGGAAUGACUUCAAAGACGUGGAAUGGAUGGGGAAAGGUUUUCAACUCUAUCCGCCCCGUAGGUCAGAAGAGCUUACGGGCCGAUGUCGUCGAGGGUGCAAAUGUGGCCAUGGAUCUACUCAUGCAACGCAAAUCAUUUAACCCUGUGUCCACGAUACUAUUGAUUAGCGAUUCGCAGACAACUGAUCCAGAGAGCGGUGACUUUGUAGUCUCUCGCGCUGAAGCGGCGAAGGUGGGCAUUCACACAUUUGGCCUGGGCCUAACCCAUAAGCCUGAUGUUAUGAUUGAAUUAUCGAGCCGAACAAAGGCGUCUUAUACAUAUGUUAAAGAUUGGAUGAUGUUGCGAGAGUGCAUCGCUGGAUGCCUUGGGGCGCUACAGUCGACUUCACACCAGAAUGUUAAACUGAAGUUGCGUCUACCUGAAGGAUCUCCUGCACGGUUUGUAAAGAUCAGCGGCGCGAUGCAUACCACCAAACGUGCGACGGGAAGAGAUGCGGAAGCUGUGCUGGGUGACCUGAGAUUCGGAGAUAAACGAGAUGUCUUGAUCCAGCUUGCUAUCACCCCAGAUACUUCUGCUCCUGAACAUGUCCCUCAAGACCCUUGGGAAAGCAUUGUUUCUGGUCUGGAGGCACUCGGUGGGCCAAUCGAUGGCGAUGACCAGCGGGUCGCAAGCAUAGAAGAAGUCCCGUUGAUUCAAGCUGACGUUACCUAUGGUGACAUACUACGCGAGGGUCAUUUAACACACUCACCACGACCAUCGCUUUUGGCUAUCACUAUGUUCCCACAGAACCAGAAGUCGAAACAUAUUGGGCGGCCUAUCAGUCCUCCGAUCCCUCCUCAUCCCUCUAUCGUCCAGCGCCGUAUGGAAUUGCUUACAUCCGAUAUGCUGAUGAGAUCGCUUACCCUUGUUACCCGUGGCCAGCAUGAUCGUGCUCACCACCUUCUCACUGAAACUAGAAGUAUCCUCAAAGGUCUUGGGAAAGGUGGUCUACCCCCGUUACCGCCAGGGGCUACCCCAAUCCCAACCCCGCGAACCACUCUUACCCCUACACUCACUCCUGCCUCUGAGGCACACUCUCCCGGCACUUGCUCUCCACAUUUCCCUGAUGCUCUUGAUUGUCGUGGUUCCUCCCAUUCGUCCGAAGCAGCAACUAUUACCCCGGUGGCCGCUGUUGAUCCUGCAAUCAUAUCAGCAUUGGACGCUGAUCUCGAAGCUGCUCUCGAAUGGAUCACUCAUCCUGCAGUCUUCAGUCGUGACUCACGCAAGGCAGUUCUCCAAGCUAUUGGUGUCAUCUCCUCACAACGAGGGUACACCUUCCGAACGCCAUCCGAAUCGCUAUGGGCAGAGCGCAUACCUGGUGUGAAACGACUAACUGAGCAGUCUCGAGAGUGGCGUGAGGUUGGUGAUGAGUCGUUGGCUGAAGAAUAG